CACCAAAAAAAAAAAAAAAAUUAUCUAAAACUUUAAAUUUCAAGAGUAAAUGUUAGUCCAUUUGCAAAGUGUUGGUUUUAGGGUUCUGACUUCAGACCCUCUGUUUUGAGAACAGAGGCGUGUGGGCAGUGGUGAUUCAGCUUCUCCGUGGUCCCCACUCCUAUCUCAGUCACACUCUGCCCUCUCAGCCACUGCGCCUUCUGCCUCCAGUGCCCUCCACAGGCUCUUGCCUCACAGACACCUUGAAAGUGUUUCUCCAUGGAGCACUGGCUGGAGAGGGAGCACUCCAGACAGGGGGGACUCUGGGAAAUGUGUGAAUGAAGGAAAGAGUCUGCCGUUCUGGGAGGUGAAGGAUCACAGGCCUGCGUGUGGCAGAAGACGAAACCGGAUCUGUGGGCCUGAAAGGCAUCGAGCAAGCGUCCUGGGACAGUCAAGGCUCCAGGCGCUGAGGUAGUCUCCGAUGACUUCAGGCUGCGAGAACAUUCCUGGAUUGUUACCUCAUUUUUCGCAUCUGUGUGCCUUGUCUAUCUAGGGAAGUGUAAGUGCCUUAAAGGAAGCGUGGCGGAUUACACUCCUUUGAGGCCCCGAUCCCUCCAGGCUGUAUGUAAGAGGAGCUUGUGUCAUUGAAUGAACAGAGAAACAAAUAAAUUCUCUCCUUUAGAAUGUCAUAGGCAGAUUGCAGGUUUAAGGCUUGAGAUAAACAGAUGCUUCGUUGAGCCGGGUCUAGACAGCAGUUCUCAAAGUGUGAUCUUUGAGAUCUGGGGUGGGGGGGGCGUCCCUCGAGGUGAAAACAAUUUUCCUAAUAACAUUUACUCUCAUGAGCGUACGGUAGACUUUUCCAGAAGUUCCUUGACAUUUGAUGACUUCAUCGCUCUGACACCUAAUGGAAUGAGUGCUUGCGUAUUUAAGAUUUCUCAGUUUUAACCAACGUAUAUAAGAGCUCUUCGGAGUCCUCAAUAAAUUUUGGAGCAUGUAAAAGGUUGCUGGAACCAAGAAGUUUGAGAACUUCUGGGCUAAGUCGUGUGGAUUAGAUAAAACCAAAAUGAUGACAACUAGAAAGACCUGUAAGAAAAAUCUAGAAGUAGAUGGUAAUUGCCUGUUCUUUUUUGCAGGAAAAACUGCAUAGAAAAUCUAAUGGAUGAAGAUGAGAAAGACAGGGCAAAGAGAGCUUCUCGAAACAAGUCUGAGAAGAAGCGUCGGGACCAGUUCAAUGUUCUCAUCAAAGAGCUUAGCUCCAUGCUCCCUGGCAACACGCGGAAAAUGGACAAAACCACCGUGCUGGAAAAGGUCAUUGGAUUUUUGCAGAAACACAAUGAAGUCUCAGCGCAAACGGAAACCUGCGACGUUCAGCAGGACUGGAAGCCUUCGUUCCUCAGUAAUGAAGAAUUCACCCAGCUGAUGUUGGAGGCAUUAGAUGGUUUCAUCAUCGCGGUGACACCGGACGGCAGCAUCCUCUACGUUUCUGACAGUAUCACGCCUCUCCUCGGGCAUUUGCCGUCAGAUGUCAUGGAUCAGAAUUUGUUAAAUUUCCUUCCAGAACAAGAACAUUCAGAAGUUUAUAAAAUGCUUUCUUCCCAUAUGCUUGUGACGGAAUGCCCCUCCCCAGAAUACGUAAAAUCUGACAACGAUUUAGAGUUUUAUUGCCAUCUUCUCAGAGGCAGCUUGAACCCAAAGGAAUUUCCAACGUAUGAAUACAUAAAAUUUGUAGGAAAUUUUCGCUCUUACAGCAAUGCGCCCAGCCCCGUGUGUAACGGCUUUGACAGCACCCUCUCGAGGCCUUGCAGGGUGCCCCUAGGAAAGGAGGUCUGCUUCAUCGCUACCGUUCGUCUGGCAACACCACAGUUCUUAAAGGAAAUGUGCAUAGUUGACGAACCUUUGGAGGAAUUCACUUCAAGGCAUAGCUUGGAAUGGAAAUUUUUAUUUCUGGAUCACAGAGCCCCACCCAUCAUAGGAUACCUGCCUUUUGAAGUUCUGGGAACCUCGGGCUAUGACUACUACCACAUCGAUGAUCUGGAGCUCCUGGCCAGGUGCCACCAGCACUUGAUGCAGUUUGGCAAAGGGAAGUCGUGCUGCUACCGGUUUCUGACCAAAGGCCAGCAGUGGAUUUGGCUGCAGACGCACUACUACAUCACCUACCACCAGUGGAACUCCAAGCCCGAGUUCAUCGUGUGCACGCACUCGGUCGUCAGUUACGCGGAUGUCCGGGUGGAAAGGAGGCAGGAGCUGGCUUUGGAAGACCCGCCAUCCGAGGCCGCCCACCCUGCAGUGCUAAAGGACAAAGGCUCGAGCCUGGAGCCUCAGCAGCACUUUAAUGCACUUGACAUGGGCACCUCCGGCCUUAACGCCAGUCACUCGCCGUCAGCGUCCUCAAGAAGUUCACACAAAUCCUCGCACACGGCCAUGUCAGAACCCACCUCCACUCCCAGCAAGCUGAUGGCAGAGGCCACCUCCACGGCUUUGCCAAGAUCGGCCACCCUGCCCCAAGAGCUCCCCGUGCCGGGGCUCAGCCAGGCAGCCACGAUGCCGACUCCCCUGCCUGCCCCAUCGUCCUGUGACCUCGCACAGCAGCUCCUGCCUCAGACCAUUUUGCAGACCCCCCCGGCCCCCAUGGCACAGUUCUCGGCACAGUUCAGCAUGUUCCAGACCAUCAAAGACCAGCUGGAGCAGCGCACACGGAUCCUGCAGGCCAACAUCCGGUGGCAGCAGGAGGAGCUCCACAAGAUCCAGGAGCAGCUGUGCCUGGUCCAGGACUCCAACGUCCAGAUGUUCUUGCAGCAGCCAGCUGUCUCCCUGAGCUUCAGCAGUGCCCAGCGCCCCGAGGCUCAGCAGCAGCUCCAGCAGAGGUCGGCCCCAGGGGCCCAGCCCCAGCUCGUGGCCAGCCCUCCGCUUCCAGGGCAGGUCGCCCCUGCCCAGGUCACAAACCAGCACCUGCUCAGAGACUCGAGUGUGAGAUCAACCCAGGGCCCGAAGCCAAUGAGAAGCUCGCCACUGAUGCAAGGAAGCGGGCGCUCGGUGAGCCUGACGCCCCAGUUCAGCAGCGCCGCAGCUGUGCUCCCGACACCCCUGGGCCUGACCACCCCUGCCCCGGUCUCCAGGGACACCAGCCAGUGCCAGCCCAGCCCGGACUUCAGCCACGAUCGGCAGCUCCGGCUGUUGCUGAGCCAGCCCAUCCAGCCCAUGAUGCCUGGGUCCUGUGAAGCGAGGCAGCCCUCGGAGGUCAGCAGGACUGGACGGCAGGUCAAGUAUGCACAGAGCCAGGCCGUGUUUCAAAGUCCAGACGGGCACACCACCAGCAGCAGCGCCUCAACUCCCGUCCUGCUGAUGGGACCCGCAGUGCUUCACCCCAGCUUCCCCACCUCCCAGCCGCCGCCCCUGCAGCCCGCACAGGCCCAGCAGCAGCCGCCACAGCACUUCCUGCAGGUACAGGCGCCAAGCUCUUUGCACAGUGAGCAGCAGGACUCGCUGCUUCUCUCCACCUACUCGCAACAGCCAGGGCCCCUGGGCUAUGCCCCGCAGCCCCAGCCCUCACGCCCUCCCCGAAGGGUCAGCAGCCUGUCCGAGUCCUCAGGCCUCCAGCAGCCACCCCGGUAGUGCCCUGGCACCUCAGUUGGGUCACAAUCAGCUUUAACCAAUGGAUGACGGGGGGUUGGUCACGGGAGUUGGGGAGAGGAGUUUAAACUAAACCCUUGGCUUUUGUGCACACUGCAUACAUUUCAGAACUCCUGGAUGGUAGCCAUCUCUGGAGUGCGCGGCUGGCACGUGGGAAAUGACAGCAAGACUGGUGGGCUUCCCCUGCCUCCGCACUUCUCGGGCGCACUCUACAGCCAUACUUGGGCGGGAACCGAGUACCCACGACAGCGUCGUUACUCAGUUUACCUUAGCCAACAGAGCAGCUCACCGCAUCCUCCCCAGGGCGCACAGGUCACUCUCACUGGCUGUGGCCCGUCCACCCUUGCUAGCCGGGCUUCACUCUCCUGAUCCUCUUUCCUUUGCGUUUGAGAAGCACUGGGUCAGAGAUCUGUUUGGAGAGAGAGAAUAAAGAGAUUAUUUUUCAUUAUUUUUAAAUGGUGGUUUUGUUUUAAUUUGCACAGCUGCACAGAGGAGAUUGCUUAGGCACUUUCAGUUUUUAAAAGUAAUAAGGCCUCCUGACUUCGUUUGGAGACCACAGUAACAAAAACAGCCCACCAAUAGAUAGCCACGCCGGUCGUUAUUAACCAGGCUGCAGACCCACACCCUCCAGCCUGAACCCUCGUGGAACCACGCUCGCCCCCCCCCACACGGCUGGUGAUUAUUUUUUCCCCUAAAUGUAACACUGGACUAUUUCCUGUUUACUUCGUCGAUUGCAACUACAAAGGCGGACUCAGAGCAAAGCACAAUCACACAGCUGAUGUUCCGGAAUUGUGCUGGCAACUCUAGGACUAUGAAGGGUGAGUUCCACACGCCAGGCGGCCUGCGGAGCUCCAGGUCCCCAAGGGACCCACCACGUGCUGGCCUUUGAGGGAGAAUGCUGCAUCUUUCUACAUAUCUUUCACGAUGAGACCGAGGAUUGGAUUCUCCUUUUCAAAAUGCACUUUGCUUUUUUUGUAUGUUUUGUUAUGUUGAGAUGUUUCUAAAGAAAAGAUUUUAUGUAAUUAUAAGACAAAGUGUAGUGAACUGUACAGCUGUUGUAAUAAUGACCUAUUUCUAUAUAAAAUAAAAUUGUAUGGAUUAUGUGUAAAUUAUUUUGUAUCUGAGAUACCAGUUCCUUUCCCAAAUAUAAAAGUAUAAAAGUUUUCUUGUGUUUUUCUGUGAGUGGACAUUUUGUAAUAAAUUAACAGAUUUGUACAAUU